CAUGCAAACAUUAUCAAUAUCGAUCCCUGAUCAUGGAGUUCAGUGUUAAGCCUCUCUUGCUGCUGGCUCUCAUUUUUGCCACCUCUGUUCCCUGCCUUGAAGGAAGGAACAUCAAGAACAAGCCUGAGAACUACAAGCCUCAGAAUUUCUUUGGCUACGGAGGAUUCUACGGCAACCCCAUGGGUCCUCAGUUGGGCUUCAGCGCACCUGGCUUCGGGACCGUCCCCAUCAUCGGGAACGCUCCUUUUCCCGGAAGCGGCGGAGUCGUCGGAGGAGGACGGCUAGCCGUGAAGCCCUAACGUCACGGCCGUUUGCCAUUGACAAUAGCUAGCUGUUGUUGUUGUGAUCAUCUGCUAGUCAAGGAAGAGGCGUCGGUUAAGUCAGUUAAUUUCCUGGUAGUUGAUGCAAAAAGUGUACGUGUACUUGUUGUGUCUUCGUCUCCUUGCUCAUAUAUCGUGGGUCAACGUGAUGUAAUCUUAGUUUUCAAUAUCAAGAUUGCAUGCUUCUCAAAAUC